UCUUCAGGAGUGGAUCUACCAAAUGUUCGAGACGACAAGUCCACCGAUCUACUAAUGCAUAAAGCAAAAGAUGAUCUUGCUUAUGAACCUAAGGAAUGGAAUGGAAAAUCGAACACCGACAUCGCCCAAACUGAGACUGGCGAAGGAGGAAAAGAAAAACGCGAAACCUGGGGUCACAAGGCGGAAUUUAUUCUAGCAACAAUCGGCUUGGCCGUCGGCUUGGGUAAUGUUUGGAGGUUUCCGUACCUGUGCCAGAAAAAUGGAGGAGGUAAGGAGGAUAGUUUAAAUCAAUUUCCUUACUGCUAAGUUUGACAUAGUAGGAGAUCGUACAGACCACCACUAGCUUCCUUAUGAAAACAACCAUCCAUGUGUUCGAAUUACGUUGAGAGGUCAGGUCGCGUCUGAGCGCUUUUCAAAAGAUCAAAUUUAUUUUUAAUCAAACUGUUAUUGAUCUUACUCGAAAUCAUUGAAAUUGAUCGACUGAUGAUCUCCUAAAGAAAUACACUAGUAUCCACGAAAUUCACUUGUAAAUUUUCCCAUUUAUACUGCAAAGCUAAAAACUAAUCAGAAAUUUGCAUUUAUAUGUUGACAUAGUAAGCCGUAGUAAUCUUGAAUCAAUUUUUAAUGUCGUGACUAUUGGACCACAAUAUUUACACGGAGCGAAUGAACACGAAAUAAGUACAUGAACAUUACUUAUUCAUACGCAACUUAACUUACUAUUUUGCAAAUUAAAAACAUUUGUAAAACUUUAUCCUAAGGAAGGCAUGGGGGCGCAAGUACGAUUCAAAUAAGUGCUGAAUCUAAUAUUCCGCCGUAUCCAUAAAAUAUUCAAUGUUAAAAAUCACACAAGACUGAGCCUUACAAAUUAACAAAAUCAAUGGCCAAUCAAAAUACAAGAAUUAAAUAAAUAAAUAGAUAAAUAAAUAAAUAAAUAAAUAAGAAUAUAACAAUAUUCAUUUAGUGAGUUAUUGUGUGACCCACGAACAUUAACUUGCGUGUGCGUUACAGUUCAAUUUCCGUUUAGUUUCAUUCAUUUUUGCAACUAGUUUCAUUUUUGUAAGACUGGUUUCAUUGUUUAAAGCUACAGUGUGAAAUCCCAGGGAAUGAAAAUCAAAACUUUUUUCCAGGAGCUAAUUUGAAUUGGCAGUCUGAAUUCUGAAACGUUUAUCACUUGGUUUUCUGAAAUCAAUUAAAAGUAGUUUUAUUCCGUCAUGUUUUUUUAAAGAGGUUUAUCGACAUACUUUCAGUAAUUUACAAUGUCUUCAAUUCGUUCUGGCCAACUUUUUUUUAUAGACGAUAUCAACCAAUACUCAAUCAUCUUUUACCUUAUGAUCAAACCUUAUUUCCGUCCCUGGCCCUUGCUACAGGAAACCUGCUAUUUUACCCUAACGGGUUUAGUAACGCUAAUCAUUUCAAAUUGUUUUAAGGCCAGUUAGGGAUGUAGCUAUGGAAAAGUUAUCUUCAAGCCGACUUUUUACUUAACUGCACUUUGAAAAUCACCCCAUGUCUUUGUAUUUGAGAGCGACAAUUUUAUUGAACCGGUGUUAAGCUCUCUUUAGGCAGUUUUAGCUACAUCCCUGACUAGUGUGUUCAACAAUUUAGAACACUUGUCCAUUUAAUAACUUUCAAUACAUUUAUUUACCCUGCAAAAUACCUUUAUUCUUUUGUACGCUUGUAUUUCACUGUUAGUUGUAUUAUUUCGAUAACCGUGAGCAUUUGGUUAGGACAAUAAAAAGGUCCUAUAAAUUCAGUUUUCUUUACUGUAAAAAGAAUGAUCAAUUUUAUCAAUCAAAAUUCCAUGUCCUGAUUUUAAAAAAAUGGCAGUGAGUAAAUAGUUGUCUUGACUUGCAUUUCUCAUCUCUUUUCUUCAAGCUGACUCAAUAAUUAUUGACAACAAGCUUUAACUUUGACUCAUUAUUAUUGCUAUUGUCAUAAACUCAUUAUAACAAAGUCUUGAAGUCUUGCAGUCUUGAGAAUCUUACCCAUAGUGCAAAUGAUGUUAAUGAUAUGUUUUUCUCAAUCUUUAUAAACUAUAUUAUUUUUCUAAUUUAACCCUUUUUAAAAAAUGUCUUCUAAUGAGUUUUAAGAACCUUGUAGUGUCAUCGAAUUUCACAUUUGGUUUUUUGGCUGCUCAACAGGUGCUUUUCUUAUUCCGUAUGUAAUCUUCAUGGUGAUAGAAGGGUUACCACUCUUCUUUCUGGAGCUAAGUAUUGGUCAACGAAUGAGAAAAAGUGCCAUACGAUGCUGGCAAGAUGUUCACCCUGCCUUGUUUGGAAUUGGUGUGGCAUGUUUAAUGGUUUCUCUUAUGCUGUGUCUGUACUAUGUAAUUGUAAUAGCAUGGUGUUGUUAUUACUUUUUUAUCUCAUUUACCAACUCACUGCCAUGGGUGCAUGACAAGCUGUGUCCUGGCUAUAACACUUUCAAGGCUCUAGAGAGAGAGCUUGAGGCUUGCAAAUUAAACACCACAUGUCUUGCAACAAACUACACAACACUGAAGACGAACUACGAGACGUUCCCUGACUGCUGCGUAAGAGAUCCACCACAAUACUAUUUCUAUCACCAUGCACUGCAGAUCUCAACAGACAUUGAAUCAAGUGGUGUUGGAUUGAAUGGUAAACUUGUUGGAUGUCUUGUGUUUGCCUGGAUUAUCACAUAUCUUUGUGUGGUCAAAGGGAUUAAAUCAAGUGGAAAGGUAUUGUUUAAUGACAGUAAAGCUGGGGCUAAAUGGUCAUCAUAGUUAAAUAAAGUUUCAAACAUCAUCAACGUUUGGCAAGAACUAUAAUAUCAACUAAGGGUGGCCAUCUUGAUUUUCAGAUGUACCAAGGGUGCGGGCGUUGGGGAUUGUAGCUCUAGGGGGAGAGGGGCGAGAAAAAUAUUUUUCUCCCCUCCUCCCAAACCGUUCCGCACCACCUAAGUAGAUUUGAUACUCUUCCCCAGGUUAGACUUGGUACAACUGAAAAUCAAAAUGGCCGCCAUUAAUGGUAAGAUGUGCUCGAUCUCGACGAUCUCACAGAAAAAUAGGAGACUGUGAACAGUCUAACGGGUCUGAGAAAGAAACAUUAAGAGAUUAUGCUUGGUAUUCAUAACCUGACAAACCAAUUUGGCCACCAACCACAAAUGUGGUGUGGGAUUUAUCAAUUGUUAUCUUAAAUUACUGGAUACAACAUUAUAUACGCUCUUACUGAGACAUUGAAAUUCUGUCUUACCAACAGGUUGUGUACUUCACCGCUACCUUUCCAUAUGUUAUUCUGAUCAUCUUGUUCUUCAGAGGUGUUACCUUGGAAGGAGCAGGAAAAGGUGUCAAGGCUUUUUUCAACCCCAAUGUAAGCACUUAGCUCUAGCAAAUAAAUCUUUCCUGCUGGUCACAAAUGGUAUCAACAAAAUUGUGGGUCACAUGGUCUGGAAAUCGUGGUUCCACUUAUUUUUAACGACGUUAACAGCUCGUUCUCCUGGUAUUCUUUGAGUCACUGAUUUUAGACCUUUAUGAAGUGAAAUGUUAAAUUGAUAAGCAAGAUUUUGGCCCAUCAUAUUUUACCCUUUACCCUACUUUUGCUCUUGUGUAUAAAGCUACACCCUUCAAAACUCUCCUUUAUUGUAUUUGGACACUUCAUUUAAAGAAACUGAGGAGAAUUAGGUGAAAAAUCAAGACAACCCACCAUCGCCAUUUCUAGGUUUAAUUAUUAUCAUGAUUUCUGUUUGACAAACCUGUGAUAACUGUAGUAACAGGAGAAAUUUGAUUCUGAUCAUUCGUAGCGCUUUUAAGUGUUAAUACCCGUCCUAUUAAAUUAUAAUGUAUUGCAGUGGGAGCUGCUGAAGGACGCUAAUAUUUGGAAGGAUGCUGCUACACAGAUGUUCUUUACUCUCAGCCUGGGUUUUGGUGCCCUAAUUGCAUUUGCCAGCUACAUGCCUAUUCACAAUCAAGUAAUGCGAGAUGCUUACACUGUGGUAUUUGUCAACUGUGGCACAUCACUAUUUGCUGGCAUUGUGGUGUUUUCUAUUCUGGGAUACCGAGAACAUAUAACAGGAAUCCCAGUCACUGAGGUAAGAAUUCUUCCAUGAAAAUUACUUAGCAGGCAUCCCGGCCUUUUAAGUGGGCAUUUAUUGCACUCAUCAACACUAAGCAACCUUAUGCAGAUUAUUUAUGAGUCAUAUUUUUCACCAACAGGUUGGAUCAGGUCCAGGCCUUGCAUUCAUGACAUUUUCUGAUGCCAUUCUGCUAAUGGAUGUGUCUCCACUCUGGGCCAUUCUUUUCUUCCUGAUGUUGAUUCUCCUUGGAAUUGACAGUGAGUUUGGAACCCUGGAAGCAGCCAUUGGGCCAUUGAUGGAGUUAAAGAUCUUCCCUAACAUGAGGAAGGAAUUGUUGACGCUCCUUGUUGCUGUUAUCCUGUUCCUGGUUGGCUUGUGCAUGGUUUCUGGCCCUGGUUUUUACAUCUUUCAAAUGUUUGAUGACUAUUCUGUUACCAUUCCAUUGCUGGUUAUUGCCUUGUUCCAGUGCAUUGGAGUAGCAUGGGUUUACGGAAAUGACAGGUAUGAGACUAAGUUAGUGUACAACAAAGUGAAAUACACAUAAGCAAAAGUUCCAAAUGGUCACGAACAAGAAUUCUGAUGACAAUAGUCACAAAAUGUGGCACAGCUUUUCAUUUGGAUAAAAGUAAGGUGCAUUUAAGGACCAAACACUCUUUCAUUGAACUCUUUGUGUGAUCUAAAUCAACAGAUUUGCUGACGACAUUGAAUUCAUGACAGGAAAACGACCAUGGAUCGGCUGGAUGAUCUGUUGGAAGUACAUCUCUCCAACUGCUUUGUUUGUUGUUCUUGUUGCUCUUGUUGCUCAACAGAGCCAAAAACCUCCCCAGUAUUCCAAAUUUGUUGGAUGUAAACAGGUAAAUGGUCAUUUUCUAGUAUAUUCACUAAAUUACGCCAAAAUAUUCAGCUCUAUUUCUUGAGGAAAACUAUUGAAACCAAUUGGAUAAAAAAUAUUUUAAACAAUGCUUGUCUUAUAAUCUUUAAAUGUCCUGUACAGGUCAAGAGUUUGCAUGCUGUAAUAUUAAGUUUGAAAUCUUUAACCACUUUGCCUUAAUUAUGGUGCUCUGCCUUUCUGAAAAACCUUUCUCAUAAUACUUGUUACUACAUAAUUGUUAUUCCAUGCAUUUUGAAGUUAAUGGUACAUUAGAAAAACUGGUAAUUUUGUGGUGAAUACAAAGAAAAAAUGCACACAUGUACCUCAAAUUAGAGGAAUCACACUGUUAAAUUCUUUCCUUUAAAUAUGUGGCAGGAAGUUAAGCAUUCUUUCUCUUUCUCAGGAUCCAUACAGUGGUAAUGGCUCCGAUAGCUGGACAAUGAAAACUGACUAUCCUGGAUGGGCGGUAUUCAUAGUUGUUCUCAUUGUCCUUGCUUCCACUCUUCCUAUCCUAAUAUGGCUGAUCAAGGACUGGCCAAAGAACUGGCGCACAAGUUUUCAUAAAACAUUCUACACUGGUGUCAAUAAUUAUCUCCCUGAUCCA